CCCGCUGCUGCCCCGCCCCGCACCGGCCGCGCUCCUCCCGCCGCGCUGGCACCGCCGCUGCUGCCCAGGUGAGGAUCGCCGCGGGAGCCGGGAACCUCCUGUACCAUGCGAGGAUGUGCCCGCGGCCUCGCUGACCUGCCCGGCCCCGGCCCCGCUGCCCGUCCCGCCCGGCACCAUGGGAGGAUGCUUCUCCAAGCCCAAACCAGUUGAAGUGAAAAUUGAAGUUGUGAUACCUGAGAAGGAGAGAAGCAAGGAGGAGAUGUCACCCAAUGGGAAAGCCAGCCCUCUGAUCUACAAAGUCAACGGGACUGCCCGGCACUACCACCUUGAGGAGCAUCCAAUUGCCAGCAACCCCUACCACAACCCCAAGGAUGUGGUAGAAGCAUCUGUGUGCCACGUAAAGGACCUGGAGAAUGGACAGAUGCGGGAAGUGGACCUGGGCUGCGGGAAGGCUCUGCUCAUCAAGGAGAGUGGGGAGUUCCACGCCGUGGGACACAAGUGUCCCCACUAUGGGGCUCCGCUGGUCAAAGGGGUUUUGUCCAAAGGAAGAGUCCGCUGUCCCUGGCAUGGAGCUUGCUUCAACAUCGGCACGGGUGACAUUGAGGACUUCCCUGGCUUGGAUAGUUUACCCAGGUUCCAGGUGAAGAUUGAGAAGGAGAAGGUAUACAUCCGAGCAAGCAAGCAGGCUCUUCAGACACAGAGGAGGACAAAGAUGAUGGCAAAGUGCAUCUCCUUGAGCAACUACAACCUGAGCAGCACCAAUGUGCUGAUCAUUGGUGCAGGAGCCGCUGGGCUGGUCUGUGCAGAGACCUUGCGCCAGGAGGGUUUCUCUGACCGGAUUGUGAUGUGCACCAUGGACAGACACUUGCCCUAUGACAGACCAAAGCUCAGUAAGUCAAUGGAUUCCCACCCUGAGCAGAUUGCCCUGCGCCCCAAGGAGUUCUUCUGCACCUAUGACAUUGAAGUCCUGACUGAAAUGCAGGUGGCGGCUGUGGAUGUCAAGAGCAAGAUAGCUGUGUUCAAGGAUGGGUUUAAGAUGGAGUACAACAAGCUGCUGAUAGCAACGGGAAACACGCCCAAAACUCUCAGCUGCAAAGGUAAGGAGAUGGAAAACGUUUUCAACAUCCGGACGCCUGAAGAUGCCAAUCGUGUGGUGAAGCUGGCCACGAGCAAGAAUGUUGUGAUCGUGGGAGCAUCCUUCCUGGGGAUGGAGGUGGCCGCCUACCUCGCAGACAGGGCCCACUCGGUGUCCCUGGUGGAGCUGGAGCACGUCCCCUUCAAGAAGUUCUUUGGGGAGAGGGUUGGCCGUGCUGUCAUGAAGAUGUUUGAGAACAACAGGGUGAAGUUCUACAUGCAGACAGAGGUGUCGGAGCUGCGGGAGCAGGAGGGGAAGCUGAAGGAGGUUGUGCUGAAGAGUGGCAAGGUGCUGCGUGCCGACGUCUGUGUCGUGGGCGUUGGUGCAGUCCCAGCGACAGGCUUCCUCAAGCAGAGCGGCAUCAACAUCGACUCCAAGGGCUUCAUCGUGGUCAACAAGAUGAUGCAGACCAACAUCCCAGGGGUCUUUGCUGCUGGAGAUGCUGUCACAUUUCCAUUGGCCUUGAGGAAUAACAAGAAGGUGAAUGUCCCCCACUGGCAGAUGGCCCACAUGCAUGGCCGCAUCGCCGCGCUGAACAUGCUGGCCCACGGCACGGAGAUCAGCACUGUCCCGUACCUGUGGACAGCCAUGUUCGGCAAGAGCAUCCGAUACGCGGGUCAUGGGGAAGGAUUCGAUGACGUUGUCAUUCAGGGAGAUCUAGAUGAACUGAAGUUUGUGGCAUUUUAUACCAAGAGUGACGAGGUGGUGGCUGUGGCCAGCAUGAACUACGACCCAAUCGUGUCCAAGGUGGCCGAGGUCCUGGCUGCGGGCAGGACCAUCCGGAAGCGUGAUGUGGAGCUGUUUGUUCGUCACGGCAAAACUGGAGACAUGUCGUGGCUAACAGGGAAGGGCACCUAAAGCCACGGAUGGCUGAGCUCUCCUGAUGCUGCACUCGCUGUGGGGAGAUGGGACAGCAGCUCCAUGGCCUGGUGGGAACCCCAUGGCUCAGCCAUUUCCCUUUGAGACCUUGAUGAACCUGCCUUCAAGUCUUCCAGGAGGAUCUCACACAGCUCCUCUGCCCCUGUGCCUGCUGGGCUGGGGAUGGGGCUCUGCUGUUGCAGUUGCUGUGGAAUGCUGGAAAAGCAGCCCACAGAGAGCGUGAGGCUUGGCACUGGCAGUGGGCAUGGGCGCCAUACGGCUCUGGAUGCUGCCAUAGGGCUGAGGGUCCCCAGGCGGGUGUGCCCCACGCAUGUCCCUCACUCCCAUAAGCAGCACGAGUGCCUUUGGUUGCUCCUGUGCUUUCAUGCAUGAUGCUCCUUUCCAAGUUCUCUUUGCUCCCAGCAGAGCUCCAGCGCGCAUCCCUGCGGAGCCUGACAUCCGCUCCUUGCCUGCAUGGCUGCUGCUUUUGCCACAGCUCUCCCUGUGCCCACCCACCCCCGGGGGCAUCUGGGUGGGCCAGGAGAUUACACUGGGUGAUCUCUGUGCAGCUGGUGCUUGUGUUGUCCAGGCUGGUCCUGUGCAGCCCCACCAGUAGAGGGGUCUCUGUCCAUGCUAAGGGCUCUGGAGCUCAUCAGUCCCCAUGCCAGAGUCUCCUGUACUGGAGCAGCCAAGGGCUGGGAUUCGUUCCCUGUCUCCUGGGGCUUGGUCUGGGCUGGGGCACUGGCCGCUCUCGGGCCCAUUGCUGGAGUGCAUUGCAGGGAUACUGAGAGCUGUGAUGGCUCAGCUGCAGCCCUGGGCUGGGCGGCCACCCUUCCAGCCAGCCUUGACAUAUCUCUCCUUAAUGCUAUCAUGGGAUCAGUGCUGUUGCUGAGGUGUUAUUCGAGGAAAAGUAGCUGGGGGAGCAUUUCUGGCUGUCCAUUCUCUGGCACAUGUCCAGUGUAGACAAUCCUGCAUAGCCCACCAUGCUCGUACUCUGCUGUCCUGUUUCUGGCCCCAUGCUGAAGAAGAGCCAUGUCUCCAGCUCAGGAGUGGACCUGGCCAGCCACAGUCCAGAGUCCAUCAGCCCAGCAGAGUGGGGGUUGAGAGUCCCCCUAGGAGAGACUCCAGUGCUUUGUUCUGGGGGCAACUCCUUCCCCAGCAGUGUUUUACCCUGAGUCCCAAACAAGAGGAUUUAUAUUUUUAAUUUGAUUCACCCCCUGUGAAUUAAAGCAAUACUAUUCUUGG